AUGUCAAACUCUUGGUGGCGCUCUGCGUUACAGAAUUUGGAGCACAUGAGUUACAAACAAGCACACGACGAAAUGGGUACUCCAAUCAAAGAUGUCACUAUCAGUUCCAAAGCUCCAACGUCUUUUCUCGGUGACAAACACUCUGAGUUCAUUGCAGCGUAUGGAUCAAAGAAAGAUUACAAAUAUGAAUAUGCCAUGACAGAAUAUCUUCGAAUGAGUGGCAUUUACUGGGGAUUGACCGCUAUGGACCUACUUGGUAAAUUGCAUAACAUGGACAAAGACAAAGUAGUUCAGUUUGUGAAGGAUUGUCAACACGAUUGCGGUGGAAUCAGUGCUAGUAAUGGACAUGAUCCGCAUAUGCUAUAUACACUUAGUGCUGUACAGAUUUUAACGUUGUAUAACAAAGUGGACGCCAUCAAUGUGAAUAAAGUAGUAGACUAUAUCAAAGGCUUACAGCAAGAAGACGGGUCGUUCACCGGAGACAAGUGGGGUGAAGUUGAUACAAGGUUUUCAUUUGUUGCCGUAGCUUGCCUCUCGUUACUGGGUCGUCUUGAUGAAAUCGAUGUGGAUAAAGCCAUGGAAUUUGUUUUAAAAUGCAUGAACUAUGAUGGUGGGUUUGGAUGUCUACCCGGAUCUGAAUCUCAUUCUGGUCAGAUCUACUGCUGCGUUGGUAUGCUGUCUAUCAUUGGUCGUUUACAUCACAUAAAUGCAGAUUUGCUUGGAUGGUGGCUGUGUGAACGGCAACUACCAUCGGGUGGCUUGAAUGGUCGACCUGAAAAACUGCCAGAUGUGUGUUAUUCCUGGUGGGUGUUAGCAUCGUUGAAAAUCAUCGGUAGAAUACACUGGAUUGAUAAAAAGAAAUUAGAAACUUUUAUAUUAGCGUGUCAAGAUGAUGAGACUGGCGGUUUCUCCGACAGACCUGGUGACGUGGUUGAUCCAUUUCAUACUUUAUUUGGAAUUGCUGGUUUAUCGUUAUUAGGAAGUUUUCCAGAUAAGAUCAAAACUGUCAAUCCUGUGUUUUGUAUGCCAGAGGAAACGCUGGAAAGAAUACGACUACAUCCCCAAAUACUUUCCUAGAUGCUAAAACUUUCGUAAACAUACAUCGCUUAGUAUGUAGACCAAUGGAACAUUAAGGCUCACAAUUCAACAUGUGAUAGAAUUGUGUGAAUAACAUCAAAUUUUUGUUAUAUGUAUGGCUAUAUUAAAGCGAGAGGGUCGUCACAUGCGCGGGAAUUCCCAAGCGACGAUAACAACGCACGCUAAGAAUGCAAAGGUUAAUGACUCCCCUGCUUUAAUGUAGGAACAUCAAAAUAACUUAUUGCACAUUCUGAUUCAUUAAAUCUUCUUAAUCAGCAGUUUAUCAGUUUCACUGAUGUACACAUGCACAAAGUCAUUGUUAUUUGCAACUAGAGACAUUUUAGCUAGUAUUAGUUUAGGGUUACACCAGUACAACCAGUGGCUGGUGACCUCUCAAUACCAAAACGGAACUCUUUUUAUGCAAGCACAAAACAUGUUUUGUUUUUUUAAUUUCCUAUUUAUUGAACUUAUGUACAAAUAAAAACUCAUCCAGAAACAUUU